AUGCCUUUUUGGGCGAUCCUUGUUCUUGUCGUUGCUGCGGCUGGGUCGGACGCGACCAAGCCGAAGCCGAUCAGCAUUUCGCUGCGCGCCAAGUGGGAGGGAACACCACUCCUUCUAGAGGCAGGCGAGUUCUUAGCGCGCGAGGACGCGGCUCUCUACUGGAAGUUCCUCGCCGCGUGGCCGCACGCGUCGCCCGAUGCCAACUCCUCCGCGCGCUCCGCUUCCGCCGCGCCGUCCCCGUCCGACGGCGACUGCCUGAACGCGCUGCUGCGCGUCGCCUCGUCGUUCCUCGCGCCCCCCCUGGCGCCGCUGCUGCGCCUGGCGCUCGCCAUGCGCUCGCUCUCGCCCGCGCUGCUCCUGCACCGCCAGCUCGCGCGCCUCUCGCUCUCUCAGGCGGGGCUGCUGGGCCCCCACGGCGCGCAGGGAGGGACUGCGGAAGGGGAGCAGGCGGGGUGGGGCGCAGGGGGGGGCGAUGGGGGCGAGCGGUGGCGGGUGAGUGAGAACCCAGCGGCGCCCGAGGGACACUGCUGCUGGGUGGAGCUGCAGGGGAAGGUUCUGCUGGGGGAGGCGGAAGUGGCGGCGGCAGUGGCAGCAGUGCAGGCGGAGGGAAGCGCCCCAUCGACCGCAUCAGCAGCAGAGCAGGGGGCGGCGGUGCACGCAUUCGACCACGUGUACCCCUCCGCCUCCACCGCCGCAGCCUCGCACCACGCGCCCCCGCCCGCCUUCCUCUAUGCCAGCCCCGGCUCUGCCUGCUUCGCCGCCCUGCUGCCCCUCCUCUCCGCUGCUGCACACCAGGGCGCAAUCCGCCUGGUGCUGCGGCCGGUGCUGCCAGGGGGCUGUGAGCAGCAGGUGGGGCGGUGUGCGGCGGUGGGGGCGGGCGGGCGGGUGAGUCUGGGCGGGUACGGAGUGGAGCUGGCGCUGAAGAACAUGGAGUACAAGGCGCUCGAUGACAGCAAACUCACCAAAGACGGGGCAGGGCAGGCAGCAGCAGAGGGGUCGGCUGAUGACUUGGCGCAGCCAGUGAAGGGCUUUCUCUUCCACACCCUUGUGCAACGGUACCCGGAGCAGACGGGCGAGCUGCUGACGUUUCGCGACCAGCUGCUGGCAGCAGAGGAGAUCCGCGACGAGUACAACGUGUGGGAGCUCAAAGACCUGGGCAUUCAGGCCACUCAGCGCAUAGUGGGGGGAGCAGAGCCGCUGCGGCUGAUGCAGGAUAUCAACCAGAACUUCCCCAAAAUCAUGGCCUCGCUCGCCAAGACCAAGGUGAACAGCGGGGUGGAGGAGGCGGUGCAGGAGAUGCAUGGCAUGGUGCAGGCGGGGCGCACCAUCGUGGCGCUCAACAGCAUCGCAUUCAACCUCGCCACCCUCGACAUCUUCACUCUGUUGGAAGCGGUGCAGGCCGAGCUGUCGCUUGGAGCACAGCUGCUCUCUCUCAAGUUGCCAGCGCCAGUGGUGCGGCAGCUGCUGCAUCUGCCACCAGCAUCGGCAGCGAGGGAGGAGGGGGGGGCGCCGAGGCUGGACUUCCGGUCGCCGUGGCACGUACAAUUCUUCAAUGACCUUGAGCGAGACCGCGAGUACCGCGGCUGGUCGCCCAACAUGCAUGAGCUGCUGAUGCCCAUGUACCCAGGCCAGUUCCGUCCCAUCCGCAAGAACAUAUUCCAUGCAGUCUUCGUGCUCGACCCCAUGCACCCUUCCACUCCAAAGGCAGUCGCGCACAUCCACAAGCUGCAUCGGGGCAGCAUGCCGCUGCGCAUGGGGGUCAUCCUCGCCUCCUCCGCGCGCCUCCUCUCCCUCAACGACCCCUCCGCCCCUGCGCCCCACCAUGACCUCUCCGAACUGGCCAUGGCGUUCUUCCAGCACAUCAAGGACUCUGUCGGCGUCCGCCCCGCCUUCGACUUCCUCCUCCAGAUGUGGGGAGGCAGUGCAGCGGACGAGUCGGUGGACGACUACGAGGACGCCAUGGUCACGCUGCCACUCCCGCAGUACACAGCGCCCGACCAGCCCACCAUGGAGGCCGCCUUCCUCCACACGCUCAGUGAGGCAGCAGCAGCGUCGCCGGGGGGAUCGCUGGACAGCGACGACGCCCGGAGGGCUGCGCUGGCAUCAGUGCUGGCAGCAAGGCAGCGGGUGGAGGGGGGACAGGUGGAGAGUGAGGAGGGCGGAGGGGAGCAGGGGGGAGCAGGAGGGGGAGGGGCGGCAGCAGCGGUGUGGGCGCAGGUGGUGGGCAGCUCUCGCUUUGUGUCGGGGCUGGGCCUUGCGGAUGCCAUGCCAUGCCUGCUCUUCAACGGCGUCUUCUACCCCUCGCCCAAGGUGCCAGGGGGCACACUGGAGGCGAUGCAGGAGGAGAUGGAGGCGGUGCAGCGGGCGGUGUACUACCAGCAGAUCAGAGGCUCCUCCGACGUCCUCGCCUUCUUCCUCUCCUCCGCUGCCAAGCGCUUCAACCCCGAGGUGGCCCUACCAGCGGGCAAGACUGCGCCCUACGUGUCCCUGGCGCCUCCCAUGGCUGCUGACAACCCUGCCCUCGCGCGCCUCUCCUUCCUGCACUCGCCCGGCACGGAGGACGAGGUGAAGCCCUUCUCUCAUCUGCUCGCGCUGGACCUCUCAUCGCACCAAGGGGUAGACCUACUGCUGCAAGCCGUGCUGCACCUGGAGAGCGGGGAGGGCACGCAUGCCCGAGUGGCCGUUCUGCACAACCCCCUGCACGCCCCCGCCAACGCUCAUGCCCGCCUGCCACCUCUCACAUGGCGCCACCUCGUGCCGCGCCUCAUCAUGGCAGCCGUGCAGAUGCCCAGUCGUCGCAGCAAGCUGCCAGCCUUCCUGCGCAGCCUGCUGCAGCUGCCGCUGCUCAGGGCCGUGGUCUCGCGGACACACUCAGGUGGCGAGGGGGACGGGUGGGCCAGCAAGGGGGAGGUGAACAGCGAGCAGGAGGGGCAGGAGCUGCUGGCGUCAGCAUGGAGCGUUGCUGACGAGGCAGGGCUGUACAGGGCCGAGUUGGAGCGUGCUGUGACGGGCGCUGGCGCUGCAGAGGCUGCUGCUGCGCACAUGGCCCAGGAUCGUCUGUUUGUGAAGCAGCAUUGUGGCGCCAGCCCCGGCAGCAGCGUCAUCAUCACGAACGGCAGGCUGUUGGCACCGCAGCACCGCUUUGUGGCGGCGGACUUUGCGCUGCUGGAGGAGGUGGAGUCAAAGCGGGUCAAGCCAGCACUCUCCGUGCUGCAGGACCUGCCCUCCUGGCCGCACCUCCCGCCCGACCUCCCUCUCAGUGACCACGUGUCGGGCAUGGCGAUGGUGGUGGCAUCAGCGCUGUCAUCAGCAGAGAGGGCCAGCGGUGACUACGUGCAGUUCGCCCGCCUCACUGCCAGCCCCAGCAUCGGCAUCAUCCACAGCAACGACUCGGCACUGCUGCACAUCGAUGGGGUGAUAGACCCGCUCAGUGCGGAGGCACAGCAGGUCACGCCGCUGCUGCUGCUGCUGCACGAGUGGUUCAACCCCUCCCUGCGCAUCUUCAUGAACCCCCUCACGUCCAUCUCCGAGUUCCCUCUCAAGAACUUCUACCGAUACGCCGCUCCCCACAAGGAGCUGGCAGAUGCAUCGGGGGUGCUGGCAGCGGGGGCGGAGGUGGAGUUUCUGAACAUGCCUCUCACGCGCACGCUCACUCUCAACCUCAAAGUGCCCGAGCCCUGGCUCGUCGAGCCGGCUGUAGCGGACCACGAUUUGGACAAUCUGGUGUUGGAGAAGGUGGCGGACCCCAGCGUGGCUGCUGUCUUUGAGCUCGAGGCGCUCAUGAUCACCGGGCACUGCUACGAGGACUCGGACAUGCAGGAGCCGCCGCGGGGCAUGCAGCUUGUGCUCGGCACGCCCCCGCCCGUCCCCUCCGCGCUCCUCAACCACUCCUCCGCCCCCGCCACCGCCGCCGCCACCACCACCGCCACCAGCAGCAGCGGGGCAGGGGGGCGGCCGCAGGGCCUGGUGGUGUCAACGGCCCUGGAGGACACGAUAGUGAUGGCGAACCUGGGCUACUUCCAGCUCAAGGCCGCGCCCGGCCUCUGGCUCCUGCAGCUCGCCCCCGGCCGCUCCCAGACCCUCUACCAGCUCUCCGGGGAGGGGGGGGCGCUGGGGGGCGGUGGUGGUGGUGCUGCCGAGGCAGGGGAGGAGGGUGGGGAUGAGGGGGAUGCGGGGAUGGGGGCGGUGGGGCGGGUGGCAAUGGAGGUGGCGGUGAUGGACCUGCGGGGGAAGGUGGUGCAGCUGAGAGUGGUGAAGCGGGCGGGCAUGGAGGGCGAGAAGAUGCUGGAUGGCGCCGGGGGGGAGGAUGGGGACGACGAGCAGCAGGAGGAGCCAGCAGCGGCGGCAUCUCUCUUCGGGUCCUUCUUCCAGAAGCUCACGGGCAAGAAGCCAGCAGUGGCCAGCAAGGGCGAGGGGGCGGGCGCCAACAGCACAAUCAACAUCUUCUCCAUCGCCAGCGGCCACCUGUACGAGCGGUUCACGCGCAUCAUGAUUCUCUCCGUGCUCAAGAACACACGCCGCCCGGUCAAGUUCUGGUUCAUCAAGAACUACCUCUCGCCCUCCUUCAAGGAGGUGAUCCCGCACAUGGCGCGCGAGUACGGGUUUGAGUACGGGCUGAUCACGUACAAGUGGCCGUCGUGGCUGCACAAGCAGACGGAGAAGCAGCGCCUCAUCUGGGCCUACAAGAUCCUCUUCCUCGACGUCAUCUUCCCCCUCUCCCUCCAAAAGGUGAUAUUCGUGGACGCGGAUCAGGUGGUGAGGGAGGACAUGGGGCGGCUGUACGACAUGCCACUGCACGGCCACCCCCUCGCGUACACGCCCAUGUGCGACAACAACCGCGACAUGGAGGGCUACCGCUUCUGGAAGCAGGGCUUCUGGAGGGACCACUUGAGAGGAAAGCCGUACCACAUUAGUGCGCUGUACGUGGUGGAUCUGGUGCGCUUCCGGCGCAUGGCAGCGGGGGACACGCUGAGAGUGAUCUACGAGAGCCUCAGCAAGGACCCCAACUCCCUCGCCAACCUCGACCAGGACCUGCCCAACUACGCGCAGCACACGGUGCCCAUCCUGUCGCUGCCACAGGAGUGGCUGUGGUGUGAGUCGUGGUGUGGCAACGCCACCAAAGCCCGCGCCAAGACCAUUGACCUCUGCAACAACCCCAUGACCAAGGAGCCCAAGCUGCAGGGGGCGCGGCGCAUAGUGGCGGAGUGGGGGGCGCUGGACGAGGAGCAGCGGCGCUUCACAGAAAGAGUCACCCGAGGGGAGUUUGACGACCUCCCACCCUCCGCUCCACGUGGCACACUGCGAUUCGCCGGCUUCCACUCAGCCCCUCGACCAGAGGAGGGGCCUGUGAGGGAGGCUAUGACAGAGGAGGAGGAGGGGGGAGUGGAUGAUAUGGAUGGAGUGAGUGAGGGAGGACACGAGAGAGAGGAGGGAGAGGAGGGUGGAGAGGAGGGAGGGGAGGGAGGGGAGGAGGCGGGGGAGUGGGCGGGGUAUGAGGUGGACACGGCGUAUGAGGACUUGGAGGGGUUGGAGGAGAUUGCAGUGGAGGCUGUUGAUGGCGUGGAGGAGGGCGAGGAGGGUGGGGAGGAGGACGACGAGGAGGAGCUAGGGCAUGAGGAGUUGUGA